AGGUUGAAAUGUUACUCGCUAUGCAGAUAGCCCUGUAGCAUUGAGUGAAAUAGGGAAGGAUCUGUUAUUUCAGCGAUGUUAGGAGGAAGGGAGUUCCACUCGUUUAAGCAUAAUGAUAAUGGUGAAUAUUGAAACUUCUUCGUCUUGGCGAAAAGGGAGGCCACCUCGUGCCCAUGAUCAAGGACGUUUGAGAUAUGAGGGGCAGAAAAGAUAUUGCACUAGGCGAAGGUUCGUAAAUACGCCGUGUAGAAUCUGGACAUACAGCACAAGUGACAGCAGGCAUAUUGAAUGCAAAGUGGACAUCAAACAAUUUGCGACCGCGACGGCGAUAUUUUUUAAUGAGUGGUUCAAAAUGGGGACGGUAAAGGUUUACACUGCCUUCAAGGGGCAAUAUGAUGUGAAGCAGAAGGCUUGUAUGCUUGUUUAUAAUAAAGGUACAACCGAGCUGCAGUGUAUGAUGUACUACAGUAGGCGCGAAGGUUGUGCUGUUGUUCAAGUUAAGACCCAUCAAGGACAAACGUAUUUUGAUCUUCGAGUUCAAGAUCCCUACUUGAAGGAAGGCCCCAGCUCGAAAUGCGUUCAAAAAUUUGCGAAGUGGGCGCCACAAGGGCGGGAUAUAUAUGACGUUAGUUGUAAAGGUAUACUUUCUCGGAACAAAACAUCUGUUCAACAAAAAUGAAAACAAGGUGAUCAAUCAUGAAUAAAAUAGCGUCAUACUAGGA